CUCUUGCAGGAGGCCACCAUGAGCUCACUGUGGUGCUCGGGCAGCGGGGACGUCAUCGAGGACUGGUGCCGCUGCGACUCAAGUGCCUUCGGGGCUGACGGGCUGCCCACCUGCGCACCUCUCCCGCACCCCAUCCUGCGGCUCUCCACCGUUCACGAGCCCAGCAGCACGCUGGUGGUGCUGGAGUGGGGGCACUCAGAGCCCCCCAUCGGGGUGCAGAUCGUCGACUACCUGCUCCGUCAAGAGAAAGUCACCGACAGGAUGGACCACUCCAAGGUGGAAACUGAGACGGUGCUGAGCUUCGUGGAUGACAUCAUCUCUGGCGCCAAGUCACCCUGCGCCAUGCCAGCCCAAGUGCCGGACAGGCUCUCCUCCACCAUCUCCCUCAUCGUUCGCUGCCUGGAGCCCGACACCACCUACAUGUUCACGCUCUGGGGAGUCGAUAACACAGGAAGACGCUCCAGGUCCAGUGAUGUGACGGUCAAGACCCCAUGCCCUGUGGUAGAUGAUGUGAAAGCUCAAGAAAUAGCAGACAAGAUCUACAACCUCUUCAACGGCUACACCAGUGGUAAGGAGCAGCAAACAGCUUACAACACUCUGCUGGACCUGGGUUCUCCCAGCCUGCACCGAGUCCUUUACCACUACAACCAGCACUACGAGAGCUUUGGGGAGUUCACUUGGCGCUGUGAAGAUGAGCUGGGGCCCAGGAAAGCUGGCCUCAUCCUCUCGCAGCUGGGGGACCUCAGCAGCUGGUGCAAUGGCCUCCUGCAAGAGCCCAAGAUCAGCCUCCAGCGCUCGUCCCUCAAGUACCUUGCCUGCCGCUACAGCGAGAUCAAGCCCUACGGGCUCGACUGGUCGGAGCUCAGCCGGGACCUCAAGAAGACGUGCGAGGAGCAGACACUGAGCGUCCUUUACAAUGACUAUGGUGACAAGGACUACUGAGGGUUGUGGAUGCCCACUCUCACACUGGCCUUCCCAUGGGCAUUUGUGAGGGUUUUAUACAUGGACCCACGGAGGGGGGGGGAGGGUAUCGCUGAUGUUUCUGGAGACAAAAAUUUGGACCAGGGAGUGAAACUAGCUGCUCUGUGC